AUGGACAGUGGUCUUCCUACGAGAUUUCUUUUACUAACAAUGGUGCACAAUCUAGAUGAGGAGACUGCUAGACGGUGUAAACAGGUACAAGAACAGCACAUUGAGCAGCUGGAAAGCGAAGCACAGAAACAAUUGGAUCAGACAAAACACGGGGGAAAUGCAUUAAUAGCUUCAAUGACCGUAAGGCAAGUGCUGGAAAUAGAGCGUAACGAACAAUCAGCCAAAUAA